UUUGAUAUUAACUUCUGACUGGACGGGAGCUUAUCCACUUGCAACAUUUGCAUAUGUAAAACUAAAUAUGUGUUUUAUAUUGGGUACUACAUUGGAAAGAUGCAGUGAAGAGAUAGAAUAUGAGAUAUACAACAUAUCCUGGUACAAUUUGUCGGUGUCCCAACAAAAAGUUGUGAGGCUCAUAUUGAUGCAAUCGCAGCAGCCAAAUCAAAUGAUGCUAGCCGGAGUCAUGCCACUAUCAGUUGCUACGGCUUUGCAAAUAACAAAAACAUUAUAUAGCACUUUUAUGAUGAUGGUUGAGUUUAUAAAAAAUUAA